CACCUGGUCAGAGCUUUGUGAUGUCAUCACCCAGCGGGUGGACAGACUGACCCUUGACCUCAGCAACGCCAACGACAAGCUAAGUGUGUGUGUACAGGAGCUGCAGAAGAGUCAGGAGUGUGUCUCUCGUCACGAAGACAGUAUGAGACGGAGAGAAGAGCUCUGCGUCUCCCUCCAGCAGCGUCUCUCCUGCAGCCAGCUCCAGUGCUCCUCCCUGACCUCUGACCUGGGCGAGGUGCAGGCUGUCCUGGAGGGCGAGCGCCGGGCGGGGGCGGGGCUGCUGGCGGCGUGCGCCCUCCUGGCGGGGGUCCUGCUGGAGUGCCGGCGGCGCUGCGUCUCCCUGCGCCUCCAGAAGGAGGUGCUGCUGCGGCGGCGGCCCCGGGAGGAGGCCCGGGACCAGCUGGAGGAGGAGGUGGGCCGGCUGGCGUCGGCGCUCGGGGGCGAGGAGGAGGAGGAGGGCGGGGCGGAGAGAGGGAGGGGGAGGGGCCUGAGGCGGUGGAGGGUGUGCACGUGCGCGCUCCUGGCACUCAACCGGAUGCGUGUGUGUGCGGCCGCGGCGCGCGUGUGUGUGCGUCUGGACGGGGGGCCGGGGGCGCUGUGCGUCAGGCUGCCCCCCCGCCUGGCCACGCCCACUCCAGACAGGGAUCAGGAGGAGGAGGAUGAUGAUGGUGUAGGAGAGGAUGAAGAGCCUGGUAGUUUGUGUGUCAGUUGGCUUCGGUCCAAACCGCUCCACCUCCUACUCUGCUCCUCCAUGUCCAGACUACAGGAGCUGCUGUCACACACUGGACCCUCCCAUCAGGAGUUGGAAUCAGCCGCCAACAGUGGGUUGUCCCGCCUCUUGGAUGCCCUUCUCCACCAAUCAGAUGAGCUGUUCCCUCUGACGGACACCAGGGAGCUUUCGCUGGCUAGCAGGCUGGGCCGCGGGUUGGCUAGGCUAGAAGCUAGCACGCAGCGGAGUAGCAGGGGUGUGGUUGAGAAGCUCCAGCAACACUUCCUGGUUUUCAGCCAACGGCUGCACUCUGCUGAGGUGGAGAGGCGGGCUCUCAGGCUGGAAGUGGCCAAUCAGAAGCAGAUGGCUAAAGCACACCAGGACUGCGGCCACCAGGUACCACCAGAGAGGUUUAACAGUGUGUGUGAGGAGCUCCGUGCUGCCCUGAACCGAGAGGAACAACUCCAGAUGCUUCUGAAGAAACAACACGCUCAGAACCACACACACAACCAGUGUCGUCAGGAGUUGCGUCGUAAAGACCAGGCUCUAAGGAUUCUGGGUAAGCACAUCUCUGGCAUGCAGAGGGAGAAAAGAGAGCUGGAGGACUUUCAACAUUCUCUCACAUAGGAAGAAUUGAGCACAGUCACUGACUGAUCUCACCACCUCAGUGGCUGUAGGAUCCAUGGACAAGAGAAGCAGAAUGACAAGAGCCAAUGGACAGCCACCAGUCACUGAUGACGUCAUCACAGGCUGCAGAUCUGCAGAGCAGGAAAACAGUGAACCAGAUGAGUGGAUGUCCCACUAACAGAAAAAUAUUAUUUGAAUCAAAUCAAUCUCAUUUACAGAACAAAAUGUUGUUUUUUUCUAUUUGUGAAAUCACAAAUAUUUAUUCUGAUGCAGACAGGCAAUUUACCAUUUACUUCAGAUGUGAAGUAAUCCAAUUCUGUAUUGAUCUGCUUUUACUCAUCACUGGAUAUGUGUCGAUGUUACAAGUUGUUGGCAGAGUUGUGGAAGAGUGUUGAGUUCAUUAAAAACGGAAUGAAAGCUGA